AUGAGCUCAUCUCGCGCUCGACCGAGAGCACAGCCGCUGCGCCAGCAGCAGCAACCCGCGCUGCAUUGCAGCGACUCCUCUCUGCAGUCGACGGUGAGUAGCACGUUGCGAGGCACCUCCACCAGCGUGAGGUUCGAGGAAGACACCAGCAGGGUUCGCCGUUCCUCAAAGAGUGCUGGUGCUGGGGCAGAGCAGCGCUCAACGGUGUUACAGACGGCCGGCGGCCGACGUGCAGAGAACACACAUUUGGUCUCCUUGCGUGGCUCGCGGGAGAAGAGAGUCAACUUCAUGGAGACCGAAAAGGACCUCGCGUCAACAUCCUCCUCGCCGCUCACCCUAGCGCACGAACUCGCCAAGACGCAGCGCGAGUUGGAGCGACUUCGGAUGCAGCUCAGACGUUACAGCGAACACGAACAGCAGACGGAGGAGUACGUAUCGGGGUUAGAGGCCACUGUGGAGGCCCAGCGACGCGACAAUCUUCUGCUUCGCCAUCAUCUAGCUAGCCGGCAGCUCUUGGCCGAGGUGUUAGAAGAGGAGAACCGAGAUCUUGUGGAAGCACAGCAGCACCCCAUCGCCUGCCCGCAGCCGCUUAUCACACAUGCGUCCACUGGCACUAUGACGGUAGCGUCGCAGGAGAACGCCUUUGGAGAUGGCAGCGCGGCACCGUCUUCCUUCUCUGCCUUCUGGGCACAGAUGCCUGAUCGACAGAGCAGCUUUGCAGGUCCCUCCCCGCCGCUCUCCCCGACGCAGUCGAUACCGACAUCAUCAUAUCACCACGUCUACGGUGCAGCUGUAGGGGCACACAUGCAUGAGUUGCCACUGCAUUCUCCGACGGUGACCGCCCUCCACGACCGGUGGGCACAGACGCAUCUAGCGCACGAGGAAUUGCCGCACAGGUAUGCGGAUCAGGAGGAGGCACUGCAGCGUCUCCCGUCUCUGCAGCAGCAGCGCAAUAACGGCGCCAACUCCGCAUCUAUUCCCAUUCGUGGUACUACCGAUAAUCCCUUCACGUCACCACCGCCGCACAUCUCCGUCAGCGACGAGACCCUUUUCUCCAGCUCAACGACAUCAUCCGCUCCCCAGAAUGCAUGCACCAUCACAGACAAACUCGGCAUCCCACAGCAGGAGGCCGUUACGAAGCACCAACUCCGAUCUCUUGAAACCCGCACCCGUGAAACAGAACAUGCCACCGCCAACGCCCUCGAUGCCCCGAACCGCAUCCGCAGAAACGUAGUCCACAGGUACCCACACAGCGACGCUUCCCCGAGCGCCGCCGGCGAAGCAAGGGGACUACACCAACCUUGCCACUAUGAGAAAAUCUUUCCUGAUCAGUAUCGCUCCCCACACGCUGACCUAAAAGCCCUACAAGACCAGAUCGCAGAGCAGGAGGCAGUGAUGGCUGACCUGCGGAGACAGGUAACGCAGCAGGAGGCGGAAGUAGCUGAGCUCCGCCAGCUGCUGGCUGAGGCACAGCGCGAGGCUCAGGCCGCCGGCGCCCGACAGCGCGACAGCGGCGCCACUGUGCAGGCGCUGCGGGACCAGAUGGCGGAGCAGGAGGCGGAGGUAGCUGAGCUCCGCCAGCUGCUGGCUGAGGCACAGCGCGGGGCCCCAGUGGCCGGUGCUCGGUCCCUCGAGAGCGGCGCCACUGUGCAGGCGCUGCGGGACCAGGUGGCGGAGCAGGAGGCGGAGAUGAUUGCGCUCCGCCAGCUGCUGGCUGAGGCACAGCGCGGGGCCCCAGUGGCCGGUGCUCGGUCCCUCGAGAGCGGCGCCACUGUGCAGGCGCUGCGGGACCAGGUGGCGGAGCAGGAGGCGGAGAUGAUUGCGCUCCGCCAGCUGCUGGCUGAGGCACAGCGCGAGGCUCAGGCCGCCGGCGGCCGACAGCGCGACAGCGGCGCCACUGUGCAGGCGCUGCGGGACCAGAUGGCGGAGCAGGAGGCGGAGAUGAUUGCGCUCCGCCAGCUGCUGGCUGAGGCACAGCGCGGGGCCCCAGUGGCCGCUGCUCGGUCCCUCGAGAGUGGCGCCACUGUGCAGGCGCUGCGGGACCAGGUGGGGGAGCAGGAGGCGGAGAUGAUUGCGCUCCGCCAGCUGCUGGCUGAGGCACAGCGCGAGGCUCAGGCCGCCGGCGCCCGACAGCGCGACAGCGGCGCCACUGUGCAGGCGCUGCGGGACCAGAUGGCGGAGCAGGAGGCGGAGGUAGCUGAGCUCCGCCAGCUGCUGGCUGAGGCACAGCGCGGGGCCCCAGUGGCCGGUGCUCGGUCCCUCGAGAGUGGCGCCACUGUGCAGGCGCUGCGGGACCAGAUGGCGGAGCAGGAGGCGGAGGUAGCUGAGCUCCGCCAGCUGCUGGCUGAGGCACAGCGCGAGGCUCAGGCCGCCGGCGCCCGACAGUGCGACAGCGGCGCCACUGUGCAGGCGCUGCGGGACCAGAUGGCGGAGCAGGAGGCGGAGAUGAUUGCGCUCCGCCAGCUGCUGGCUGAGGCACAGCGCGGGGCCCCAGUGGCCGGUGCUCGGUCCCUCGAGAGCGGCGCCACUGUGCAGGCGCUGCGGGACCAGGUGGCGGAGCAGGAGGCGGAGAUGAUUGCGCUCCGCCAGCUGCUGGCUGAGGCACAGCGCGGGGCCCCAGUGGCCGGUGCUCGGUCCCUCGAGAGUGGCGCCACUGUGCAGGCGCUGCGGGACCAGAUGGCGGAGCAGGAGGCGGAGGUAGCUGAGCUCCGCCAGCUGCUGGCUGAGGCACAGCGCGAGGCUCAGGCCGCCGGCGCCCGACAGCGCGACAGCGGCGCCACUGUGCAGGCGCUGCGGGACCAGAUGGCGGAGCAGGAGGCGGAGAUGAUUGCGCUCCGCCAGCUGCUGGCUGAGGCACAGCGCGGGGCCCCAGUGGCCGGUGCUCGGUCCCUCGAGAGCGGCGCCACUGUGCAGGCGCUGCGGGACCAGAUGGCGGAGCAGGAGGCGGAGGUAGCUGAGCUCCGCCAGCUGCUGGCUGAGGCACAGCGCGGGGCCCCAGUGGCCGGUGCUCGGUCCCUCGAGAGUGGCGCCACUGUGCAGGCGCUGCGGGACCAGAUGGCGGAGCAGGAGGCGGAGGUAGCUGAGCUCCGCCAGCUGCUGGCUGAGGCACAGCGCGGGGCCCCAGUGGCCGGUGCUCGGUCCCUCGAGAGCGGCGCCACUGUGCAGGCGCUGCGGGACCAGGUGGCGGAGCAGGAGGCGGAGAUGAUUGCGCUCCGCCAGCUGCUGGCUGAGGCACAGCGCGGGGCCCCAGUGGCCGGUGCUCGGUCCCUCGAGAGCGGCGCCACUGUGCAGGCGCUGCGGGACCAGGUGGCGGAGCAGGAGGCGGAGAUGAUUGCGCUCCGCCAGCUGCUGGCUGAGGCACAGCGCGGGGCCCCAGUGGCCGGUGCUCGGUCCCUCGAGAGCGGCGCCACUGUGCAGGCGCUGCGGGACCAGAUGGCGGAGCAGGAGGCGGAGGUAGCUGAGCUCCGCCAGCUGCUGGCUGAGGCACAGCGCGGGGCCCCAGUGGCCGCUGCUCGGUUCCUCGAGAGCGGCGCCACUGUGCAGGCGCUGCGGGACCAGGUGGCGGAGCAGGAGGCGGAGAUGAUUGCGCUCCGCCAGCUGCUGGCUGAGGCACAGCGCGGGGCCCCAGUGGCCGGUGCUCGGUCCCUCGAGAGCGGCGCCACUGUGCAGGCGCUGCGGGACCAGAUGGCGGAGCAGGAGGCGGAGGUAGCUGAGCUCCGCCAGCUGCUGGCUGAGGCACAGCGCGGGGCCCCAGUGGCCGGUGCUCGGUCCCUCGAGAGCGGCGCCACUGUGCAGGCGCUGCGGGACCAGGUGGCGGAGCAGGAGGCGGAGAUGAUUGCGCUCCGCCAGCUGCUGGCUGAGGCACAGCGCGAGGCUCAGGCCGCCGGCGCCCGACAGCGCGACAGCGGCGCCACUGUGCAGGCGCUGCGGGACCAGAUGGCGGAGCAGGAGGCGGAGAUGAUUGCGCUCCGCCAGCUGCUGGCUGAGGCACAGCGCGAGGCUCAGGCCGCCGGCGGCCGACAGCGCGACAGCGGCGCCACUGUGCAGGCGCUGCGGGACCAGAUGGCGGAGCAGGAGGCGGAGAUGAUUGCGCUCCGCCAGCUGCUGGCUGAGGCACAGCGCGGGGCCCCAGUGGCCGCUGCUCGGUCCCUCGAGAGCGGCGCCACUGUGCAGGCGCUGCGGGACCAGGUGGCGGAGCAGGAGGCGGAGAUGAUUGCGCUCCGCCAGCUGCUGGCUGAGGCACAGCGCGAGGCUCAGGCCGCCGGCGCCCGACAGCGCGACAGCGGCGCCACUGUGCAGGCGCUGCGGGACCAGAUGGCGGAGCAGGAGGCGGAGAUGAUUGCGCUCCGCCAGCUGCUGGCUGAGGCACAGCGCGAGGCUCAGGCCGCCGGCGGCCGACAGCGCGACAGCGGCGCCACUGUGCAGGCGCUGCGGGACCAGAUGGCGGAGCAGGAGGCGGAGAUGAUUGCGCUCCGCCAGCUGCUGGCUGAGGCACAGCGCGGGGCCCCAGUGGCCGCUGCUCGGUCCCUCGAGAGUGGCGCCACUGUGCAGGCGCUGCGGGACCAGGUGGGGGAGCAGGAGGCGGAGAUGAUUGCGCUCCGCCAGCUGCUGGCUGAGGCACAGCGCGAGGCUCAGGCCGCCGGCGCCCGACAGCGCGACAGCGGCGCCACUGUGCAGGCGCUGCGGGACCAGAUGGCGGAGCAGGAGGCGGAGGUAGCUGAGCUCCGCCAGCUGCUGGCUGAGGCACAGCGCGGGGCCCCAGUGGCCGCUGCUCGGUCCCUCGAGAGCGGCGCCACUGUGCAGGCGCUGCGGGACCAGGUGGCGGAGCAGGAGGCGGAGAUGAUUGCGCUCCGCCAGCUGCUGGCUGAGGCACAGCGCGGGGCCCCAGUGGCCGGUGCUCGGUCCCUCGAGAGUGGCGCCACUGUGCAGGCGCUGCGGGACCAGGUGGCGGAGCAGGAGGCGGAGAUGAUUGCGCUCCGCCAGCUGCUGGCUGAGGCACAGCGCGGGGCCCCAGUGGCCGGUGCUCGGUCCCUCGAGAGUGGCGCCACUGUGCAGGCGCUGCGGGACCAGGUGGCGGAGCAGGAGGCGGAGAUGAUUGCGCUCCGCCAGCUGCUGGCUGAGGCACAGCGCGGGGCCCCAGUGGCCGGUGCUCGGUCCCUCGAGAGUGGCGCCACUGUGCAGGCGCUGCGGGACCAGAUGGCGGAGCAGGAGGCGGAGGUAGCUGAGCUCCGCCAGCUGCUGGCUGAGGCACAGCGCGGGGCCCCAGUGGCCGGUGCUCGGUCCCUCGAGAGUGGCGCCACUGUGCAGGCGCUGCGGGACCAGAUGGCGGAGCAGGAGGCGGAGGUAGCUGAGCUCCGCCAGCUGCUGGCUGAGGCACAGCGCGGGGCCCCAGUGGCCGCUGCUCGGUCCCUCGAGAGCGGCGCCACUGUGCAGGCGCUGCGGGACCAGGUGGCGGAGCAGGAGGCGGAGAUGAUUGCGCUCCGCCAGCUGCUGGCUGAGGCACAGCGCGGGGCCCCAGUGGCCGGUGCUCGGUCCCUCGAGAGUGGCGCCACUGUGCAGGCGCUGCGGGACCAGGUGGCGGAGCAGGAGGCGGAGAUGAUUGCGCUCCGCCAGCUGCUGGCUGAGGCACAGCGCGGGGCCCCAGUGGCCGGUGCUCGGUCCCUCGAGAGCGGCGCCACUGUGCAGGCGCUGCGGGACCAGGUGGCGGAGCAGGAGGCGGAGAUGAUUGCGCUCCGCCAGCUGCUGGCUGAGGCACAGCGCGAGGCUCAGGCCGCCGGCGCCCGACAGCGCGACAGCGGCGCCACUGUGCAGGCGCUGCGGGACCAGAUGGCGGAGCAGGAGGCGGAGAUGAUUGCGCUCCGCCAGCUGCUGGCUGAGGCACAGCGCGGGGCCCCAGUGGCCGCUGCUCGGUCCCUCGAGAGUGGCGCCACUGUGCAGGCGCUGCGGGACCAGAUGGCGGAGCAGGAGGCGGAGGUAGCUGAGCUCCGCCAGCUGCUGGCUGAGGCACAGCGCGGGGCCCCAGUGGCCGGUGCUCGGUCCCUCGAGAGCGGCGCCACUGUGCAGGCGCUGCGGGACCAGAUGGCGGAGCAGGAGGCGGAGGUAGCUGAGCUCCGCCAGCUGCUGGCUGAGCCACAGCGCGGGGCCCCAGUGGCCGGUGCUCGGUCCCUCGAGAGCGGCGCCACUGUGCAGGCGCUGCGGGACCAGAUGGCGGAGCAGGAGGCGGAGGUAGCUGAGCUCCGCCAGCUGCUGGCUGAGGCACAGCGCGGGGCCCCAGUGGCCGGUGCUCGGUCCCUCGAGAGCGGCGCCACUGUGCAGGCGCUGCGGGACCAGAUGGCGGAGCAGGAGGCGGAGGUAGCUGAGCUCCGCCAGCUGCUGGCUGAGGCACAGCGCGGGGCCCCAGUGGCCGGUGCUCGGUCCCUCGAGAGCGGCGCCACUGUGCAGGCGCUGCGGGACCAGGUGGCGGAGCAGGAGGCGGAGAUGAUUGCGCUCCGCCAGCUGCUGGCUGAGGCACAGCGCGGGCCCCAGCGCCAGCUGCUGGCUGAGGCACAGCGCGAGGCUCAGGCCGCCGGCGCCCGACAGCGCGACAGCGGCGCCACUGUGCAGGCGCUGCGGGACCAGAUGGCGGAGCAGGAGGCGGAGAUGAUUGCGCUCCGCCAGCUGCUGGCUGAGGCACAGCGCGAGGCUCAGGCCGCCGGCGGCCGACAGCGCGACAGCGGCGCCACUGUGCAGGCGCUGCGGGACCAGGUGGCGGAGCAGGAGGCGGAGAUGAUUGCGCUCCGCCAGCUGCUGGCUGAGGCACAGCGCGGGGCCCCAGUGGCCGGUGCUCGGUCCCUCGAGAGCGGCGCCACUGUGCAGGCGCUGCGGGACCAGGUGGCGGAGCAGGAGGCGGAGAUGAUUGCGCUCCGCCAGCUGCUGGCUGAGGCACAGCGCGAGGCUCAGGCCGCCGGCGCCCGACAGCGCGACAGCGGCGCCACUGUGCAGGCGCUGCGGGACCAGAUGGCGGAGCAGGAGGCGGAGAUGAUUGCGCUCCGCCAGCUGCUGGCUGAGGCACAGCGCGAGGCUCAGGCCGCCGGCGGCCGACAGCGCGACAGCGGCGCCACUGUGCAGGCGCUGCGGGACCAGAUGGCGGAGCAGGAGGCGGAGAUGAUUGCGCUCCGCCAGCUGCUGGCUGAGGCACAGCGCGGGGCCCCAGUGGCCGGUGCUCGGUCCCUCGAGAGCGGCGCCACUGUGCAGGCGCUGCGGGACCAGGUGGCGGAGCAGGAGGCGGAGAUGAUUGCGCUCCGCCAGCUGCUGGCUGAGGCACAGCGCGGGGCCCCAGUGGCCGCUGCUCGGUCCCUCGAGAGUGGCGCCACUGUGCAGGCGCUGCGGGACCAGAUGGCGGAGCAGGAGGCGGAGGUAGCUGAGCUCCGCCAGCUGCUGGCUGAGGCACAGCGCGGGGCCCCAGUGGCCGGUGCUCGGUCCCUCGAGAGCGGCGCCACUGUGCAGGCGCUGCGGGACCAGAUGGCGGAGCAGGAGGCGGAGGUAGCUGAGCUCCGCCAGCUGCUGGCUGAGCCACAGCGCGGGGCCCCAGUGGCCGGUGCUCGGUCCCUCGAGAGCGGCGCCACUGUGCAGGCGCUGCGGGACCAGAUGGCGGAGCAGGAGGCGGAGGUAGCUGAGCUCCGCCAGCUGCUGGCUGAGGCACAGCGCGGGGCCCCAGUGGCCGGUGCUCGGUCCCUCGAGAGCGGCGCCACUGUGCAGGCGCUGCGGGACCAGAUGGCGGAGCAGGAGGCGGAGGUAGCUGAGCUCCGCCAGCUGCUGGCUGAGGCACAGCGCGGGGCCCCAGUGGCCGGUGCUCGGUCCCUCGAGAGCGGCGCCACUGUGCAGGCGCUGCGGGACCAGGUGGCGGAGCAGGAGGCGGAGAUGAUUGCGCUCCGCCAGCUGCUGGCUGAGGCACAGCGCGGGGCCCCAGUGGCCGCUGCUCGGUCCCUCGAGAGCGGCGCCACUGUGCAGGCGCUGCGGGACCAGAUGGCGGAGCAGGAGGCGGAGGUAGCUGAGCUCCGCCAGCUGCUGGCUGAGGCACAGCGCGAGGCUCAGGCCGCCGGCGCCCGACAGCGCGACAGCGGCGCCACUGUGCAGGCGCUGCGGGACCAGAUGGCGGAGCAGGAGGCGGAGAUGAUUGCGCUCCGCCAGCUGCUGGCUGAGGCACAGCGCGGGGCCCCAGUGGCCGGUGCUCGGUCCCUCGAGAGCGGCGCCACUGUGCAGGCGCUGCGGGACCAGAUGGCGGAGCAGGAGGCGGAGGUAGCUGAGCUCCGCCAGCUGCUGGCUGAGGCACAGCGCGGGGCCCCAGUGGCCGGUGCUCGGUCCCUCGAGAGUGGCGCCACUGUGCAGGCGCUGCGGGACCAGAUGGCGGAGCAGGAGGCGGAGGUAGCUGAGCUCCGCCAGCUGCUGGCUGAGGCACAGCGCGGGGCCCCAGUGGCCGGUGCUCGGUCCCUCGAGAGUGGCGCCACUGUGCAGGCGCUGCGGGACCAGAUGGCGGAGCAGGAGGCGGAGGUAGCUGAGCUCCGCCAGCUGCUGGCUGAGGCACAGCGCGGGGCCCCAGUGGCCGGUGCUCGGUCCCUCGAGAGUGGCGCCACUGUGCAGGCGCUGCGGGACCAGAUGGCGGAGCAGGAGGCGGAGGUAGCUGAGCUCCGCCAGCUGCUGGCUGAGCCACAGCGCGGGGCCCCAGUGGCCGGUGCUCGGUCCCUCGAGAGCGGCGCCACUGUGCAGGCGCUGCGGGACCAGGUGGCGGAGCAGGAGGCGGAGAUGAUUGCGCUCCGCCAGCUGCUGGCUGAGGCACAGCGCGGGGCCCCAGUGGCCGGUGCUCGGUCCCUCGAGAGCGGCGCCACUGUGCAGGCGCUGCGGGACCAGGUGGCGGAGCAGGAGGCGGAGAUGAUUGCGCUCCGCCAGCUGCUGGCUGAGGCACAGCGCGGGGCCCCAGUGGCCGCUGCUCGGUCCCUCGAGAGUGGCGCCACUGUGCAGGCGCUGCGGGACCAGAUGGCGGAGCAGGAGGCGGAGAUGAUUGCGCUCCGCCAGCUGCUGGCUGAGGCACAGCGCGGGGCCCCAGUGGCCGGUGCUCGGUCCCUCGAGAGCGGCGCCACUGUGCAGGCGCUGCGGGACCAGGUGGCAGAGCAGGAGGCGGAGGUAGCUGAUCUCCGCCAGCUGCUGGCUGAGGCACAGCGCGAGGCUCAGGCCGCCGGCGCCCGACAGCGCGACAGCGGCGCCACUGUGCAGGCGCUGCGGGACCAGGUGGCGGAGCAGGAGGCGGAGAUGAUUGCGCUCCGCCAGCUGCUGGCUGAGGCACAGCGCGGGGCCCCAGUGGCCGCUGCUCGGUCCCUCGAGAGCGGCGCCACUGUGCAGGCGCUGCGGGACCAGGUGGCAGAGCAGGAGGCGGAGGUAGCUGAUCUCCGCCAGCUGCUGGCUGAGGCACAGCGCGAGGCUCAGGCCGCCGGCGCCCGACAGCGCGACAGCGGCGCCACUGUGCAGGCGCUGCGGGACCAGGUGGCGCAGCAGGAGGCGGAGGUAGCUGAGCUCCGCCAGCUGCUGGCUGAGGCACAGCGCGAGGGAGUUAGUAGGAAAGUUGCCAUGGGGCAGGAAGAGAGGUCGCAGUUGCUAGCUGGGGCUGCGGUGGUUCUUCAUGUGGAAGGAGUUGCUGAUCGUGGUGUUGUGAUAGAGUCUCUGUGCGAAGGGUCUGAGGGGAAAAGGGAUGCGUUGGGGUGGUUUGGCGAUGGAGGGUCGAUGAAGGGUGGUAUUGUGGAUGAUGGACGCGGUGUUUCUAGCUCUGGUGGUGGCGGUGAGCGGGAGUUGCUAGCGGGUGCUGGUGAUCGGCGGCGCAGCGUGUCCGAGACGGAGGAGCUGCGCAGUGCGCUGGCGGAGUGCAGAGAAAAAUUCUUAGUACUGGAAGUUGAGUUGAUGACUGCGAAGGAAGCUGUGGAGGAGCUGCGGUGGUACGAUGAACGGCGCGACAACUGCGUCGAGGGAAAGCCGCUGUGCGAGACGUGUGUGCGGCGCAGAAUGGAGGGCGAGGGGUGGGCGUUGGUGGCGAGUGUGUGCGAGGAGGAGCUGAUUUGGAGGCUGCGUGUGGACUGCAGCCGCGCUUGCCAUGUAAACGUGGACCGCGUACGGCAUGUGAAGUAUGCUCUCGGUAGUCUGCACGCUGAGUUUUGCGUGGAGCACAACACGGACGUGGAGGGCAGUGAGUUGAAGGACCGUAUCGCUGAGUAUCCGUUUCCAGCGACGUGGGCACUCUUCCGGCGGAUCGUUGAGGGGCAUACACUGCCGGACCCUAUGCGAUGGGCAGUUCCGAGCCGAGCCGAGGAGAAACUCUUGGCGGAGGAGGCUCUGGCACGUAUUUUCGCGCAGCUGGAGGAGGCGUGUGCCUGCCAGGCAUUCACGUCUGACUGGUCAGAGAAAAGAACGGACUUGUUGCGCGCUGCCAAAGCGGCACUGGCGGAAGUCGUGGCCGCAUCACGGCGAGAGUGCACGGACAGCUUGGAGCGGCUGGAGGAGUUCGCGGCGUUGUUGUUGGAGGCCCGCGAGAGUGAGCGCGAGUUGCGGGACCGCUUGUUUGCGGCGGAGGAGGACAUGUACGAGCUGCGCCGCCAGCACGACGACGAUCGCGACGGCUUGGUGAGCGCAGAAGCAGAAGCGCGCCGCUCCUUAGACAUGUAUGUGGCUCGUGUUGCCGCCCAAGACGAGGCGAUGCGGGUGCAGGUCGAACAGAUCGUCGACUUGCAGGAGGAAGUGCAAGUACUGACUUCCGCUUUAUCCGAUAAAAACGCCGAUCUGACCGAUGCUCACGCGCAAGCCUCAGCGCUGUCGAGACAGGUGGACGAGACGGCAGCAGCCUAUGCCGACACGCUGGAGAAGCUGGAAAAGUCCGUGGAGAUGCUAGAUGCAUCGCGCACAAACGAACUGGUUUUAUCGCAAACACUUUACGAGGCAGAGUAUCGGUGCACCCAGUUGCGGAAGGCCAUCGAGAUGGACGCGGCGACGCAUCGUGUUGAGUUAGUUAGCGCAACGUCAGAGCGGGACCGCUUUAAGGAGGGAAUAGAGGUGUUUCGCGAGUUGCUGCCGAACUUGCUGGCGGCAGCACAGCCCCAGCGCCGAAAGGACAGCGGCGAUGCGGGGGCAGGGGUGGACGAGAGCAUCAGCAUAUCUGCGCUCGACGCAGCCUUUUCAGGAGAGGGUUACGCGGUAGCUCAGGGGUUACGCGAGGUGUUGCUGCAUCAUCUUAGCCGCGUGGAGCAACUUCGCCGCGACAAGGAAGGCUUGGCCGACGAGCUCGACGAGGCGGAGAAGGUGUGUGGCACCUACAUGGCUGCCCUGAAGGAUGCGCUGCGGUCGCUAGUGGAGGAGCGCGAACUUCGAAUGCAAGCGCACGAGUCGCAGCUGCAGUUUUCAGAGCAGAUGAUGCGGGAACUGGCCAUGAUGCGGAAUGCUGAGGAGGACGAGAUGGCCGACGACAAGGCAGACAUGGAGGUGAACAGUAACUAUGGACUGCCCAGCACAUGCAGCAGCAGCAACUUCGCAGUCUAA